CAGAAAGGCAGCGAGGCUGAUUUUCUACAUUUUCUUCGUCUAAAAUGCGAAAUUCCUACUGAAUGUGUUUGAGAACCAACAAAGGGCUUUAAUACGACGGUCUUUUUCAGACUCUACAUUAAAAUGUGUGUUUUCUGUGUGUUUUCCAGGUAUGAAUUCGCUUUGCAGAAGAUUGGCCCGUCAAGGACUUUGAGCAGCUCGACUCAAAUUCAUAUUUUUUUUCUUCAAGUAAUGGACAUUUGAUUACUAUUUUUGCCUCGAGCUUGUUCCUGAAGGAAAGGCUAGCUUUCAGCCCCACCCAUAAGAAGUAUUCCAUUUGAUAUUAAAACCAUGAAGGAAGGUUGACGGUAUAACAUUGAUGAAAUAAGAGAUAUAAGUGCCUGAAAAGCACACUCUAAUACACCCGAGACGCUGAGGACCUGUAGUGUCGAUAACAUGGCAGGAGGACCGGUGGACCCCAGAGAGAUCCUGAAGGGUGUGGAGGCUCUGCUGGGGAAAGAUGGAGAGCUGCGCAGCUUGGAGGGAGUCCCAAAGGUGUUCAGCCUGAUGAAAGCUUCUACCAAGAUGGUCAGUCGAUGUAUGUAUCUGAGCAUCCUGCUGCAGACCAAAUCCCACGAUGUUCUGAAUAGGUUCAUCAGAGUUGGUGGCUACAGGAUGCUCAACUCCUGGCUCACCUACUCCAAGACCACCAACAACAGCCCCCUAUUGCAGCUCAUCCUGCUCACGCUGCAGAAGCUUCCUCUCAAAGUGGACCACCUCAAGCAGAACAACACAGCCAAGCUGGUGAAGCAGCUGAGCAAGAGUGCCGACACUGAAGAGCUGAGGAAGUUGGCGUCCGUGCUGGUCGAAGGCUGGAUGGCGACCAUUCGCUCCCAGAGCGUGCUGAGCAGCGGCAGCUCUCCUGCUGAUAAGAAAAAGAAGAAAGAGGAGGGCAUGGUUCUGGUACGGGACUUGAAGGAGAAGAGUGCAGAGGAGGAGGAGGAGAAGAAGAAGGAGAAACCUAAAGCUCAUGCACCCAGCCACGCAAAGAUUCGCUCCAUAGGAUUGGAAAUGGACACUCCCAGCAUGGCCCCUGUGAAGAAGACACCCAUCCCCCCACAGCUGGGCGACAAGUACAACAUCAAGCCUCCAGUCCUCAAGAGGCUCAGCUCUGGUCCACCAGAUGCUCCACCUCUGGAGAAAAAAUAUAAACCGCUGAACACCCCCUCUAACUCUGCCAAGGAGAUUAAAGUCAAGAUCAUUCCAGCACAGCCAAUGGAGUGCACAGGGUUCCUGGAAGCUCUGAACUCUGCUCCAGUGCCUGGGAUCAAAAUCAAGAAGAAGAAAGCCAGCGCUGGUACUUCCCCGAGUGCCAAGGCAGUCUCCCCCACGUCCAACAAGGGGAGUCCGUCGGACAGCAAGCCUUCUGUGUACUUGUUAUCCUCCGCUAAACCGUCAUCUCCAGAAACAGCUGCUUCCAUCACUCCUGCUGAUGAAACCCUGGAGCCGGAGCGGCCUGGGACCCCCGUCCCCUCUGAGGAGGCCGAGGUCUCUGACAACGGUGAGAAGCCAAAUGCUCUUGCAGAACCACAAGGAGAGGAAGAGAGCUUGACCAAGAAAGGCAAGAAGAAGAAGACGGUCCACUGGGCUGAGGAGGAGCAGCUCAAAAACUACUACUACUUUGACCUGGAUGAGACGGAGAGAGUCAACGUCAACAAGAUCAAGGACUUUGGUGAGGCCGCUAAACGAGAGUUGAUGAUGGACCGGCAGACGUUUGAGAUGGCCCGCCGGGUCUCCCAUGACACCAUGGAAGAGAAGGUCCCCUGGAGCCCCCCGAGGCCCUUCACGCUGACCGGCAGCUUGGUCAUCUCCGGGGCCAACAGCACGGAGAAACUCACCCAGAGAGACCGUGAGAUGGGCAUCCUGCAGGAGAUCUUCCUAAGCAAAGAGAGUGUGCCUGACAGUCCCCAUGAACCCGACCCGGAGCCGUAUGAACCCAUGCCUCCCUGUGUCAUCCCUCUGGACGAGGACUCCACCACGCAGGAGGACGGCUACGCCGAGCCCAUGGACACGACGUCGCAGCAGGGCUCUGCCAUGGCCCAGAACGAGAGCUCCAAGCUGCCCCCCGUCCUGGCCAACCUCAUGGGCAACCUGAGCAACAGCUCCCUGUCCCGCAGCCCGCAGGCCACGCCCACAGUCACAAACCCUGUGGCGGCCACGGUCAACGUACAGGAGCUGCUCUCAUCCAUCAUGGGGGCUUCCGGGAACCAGUCUACUGAAGACCUGAUUAAGCAGCCCAACUUCUCGGACAAGAUCAAACAGCUACUGGGCUCUUUGCAGCAGACCCAGAACCAGGGGGGACCUCCACCAGUCAACCCGGGUCUGCUGGGCCACGGUCCAGGUAUGAACAACAUGAACCUGCACAUGCAGAUGCCCAUGAACGGCGGCUACCCGCCCAACAACCCGCCCGGCGGGCCUCGCUUUAACCACCCUCCGCCCCCUCACAACCACGGCCCACCUAUCAACAGCGGCGGAGGCCCACGCAUGAUGGGGCCGCCACCGGGCCAGGGCCGAGGAGUAGACAAUGGCAACUACUGGGGAGACGACUCCAUGAGAGGAGGGCCUCCCAGGGGGGGCCACUUCCACCGGGGAGGACGGGGUCGGGGAGGUGAGCCGGGUUUCAGGGGCCGAGGACGAGGGGGACCAAGAGGAGGACACAACAACAUGAAUGACAUGUCCAAGAGGCCAGUGUGUCGUCACUUCAUGAUGAAGGGAAGCUGCCGGUACGAGAGCAACUGUGCUUUCUACCACCCUGGCGUGAAUGGACCCCUGCUGCCCCCCUACCACCCUGCUAACAACCAACACAACCAGCACCCACAGCACGGACACUAGUGACACUGCUGAUGACGGGAACACUUCCGAGCUCUGAUCAACCCCUGCACUGUUAGAGACUGGAGCGGCCAGCCGGGACACGAUGUGUUUUUAUUGGGAUCAUUUUAAAAAGUGACACUGAACCACUACGUCUGAGCUGCUGCAGCUAGCUGCAUCUCAUCCAUCUCUUUCCACACCAUUAUCAAGGUCGACCAAACAGACGGAAAGCUUUCCACACCACUGAAUUCUUUCUGAUGGUGGCUGUGUGUGUGUACACACUUGUGCUGUGUACAUGUGAUACUGUCUCAUAUUCCCUUUACGUGGGCUCCUUCAGGAGAGUCAGUCAAGUGGCACAAACAUUUAGGAAGCACUUUAUAAAGCAAAUGGCCAAUGCGGCCAUGACCUGUUAAAGAAGGACCUGAAGACCAACUGCACGGGGCAGAUGUUGGGUUCUUCCAGCAGCUGCUAUUGAACGAGGAGGAGGUGAAGAAGAAGAAGAAGAAGAAGAAGAAGAAGAAGAAGAAGAAGAAGAAGAAGAAGAAGAAGAAGAAGAAGAAGAAGCCACAGCCGUCUGUCUUACCAUGUGUACGCGUUCCCUCUGCCUCCUGUCGAGCAGCUCCAGAGUGUGUGGCAUGACAAUCAUAUGACACGGGCAUAUGACUGUUUUCUGUGAAAACGAUGACCUUUGUUUCUCUUGUGGGACUGUGAGAAUGUAUUAGUUGUUGUUUUUUUUAUUUUAUUUUCAUGCGAUCAUCAGAAUGUUAGCCCUUUUUUAAGAUGGGUUCAGUUUUUGUGAGAAUGAAAUGUUUGUAUGAAUACAGAUUACACAUUCAUGCACAGUCAUAUUUUGCGUUUAAUUAUUUUGUACACAGUGUAUUGAAUAAAUGUCCAAACAUAAAUGCGGUGUUUAAUUUGCUCUGCGUACUCCGUAGGUCUGUCCACACAACACUGACAGUCGAUGUAUACAUUACGCUGAUAUCGGCAGGUCCAGAUUUAAUCUCAUUGCUACUUUACAACAAUUAGAGUUGUUUAUUGAGGCAUUGCUGAAAAGUGAUGUAUGCAAUUUCUAAAUGACUGCAGUUAGCAACUAACAAUGUAGCUCUAUAAAAAGUGAAAGACUGUUAACACAUGCAGUCCUCAGUGCUGGACUGUAUCUGUGACGUCAUCAGCUACAGAUCAUUCAGUGCCACUGAGCAGCCGAUGCUCUGGGUUCAUCCUGUGGGGAAACUGAAUGUGUUUCUGAGGUUUGGUCUUUGAUUUCUUGUGUGAGAAUGAUGAUGGGGAUAGGCUAUAAUUCAUUCUUUGUGUCAUAAUAUUCGGGCGGAGGGAAAUCAAAUGAUGUAAAAUAAAAAGUAUUUAAUGAUUAA